GAUUCUAUUUUAUCGGGAAGUUUGGCAACGUAUUAAAACGUACCACAAAGCAAAAGAAAAUGUCGGACACGUUUGUCCACAGCUGAAAAUUGUCGCGUAGUAACUCUUAUAUUUCGUAUUGGAGUCGUAUUUUAAAGGUGAUAAUUAUAGAAAAAAUGAACGGUGAAAGUGGCGAAGAUAAUUGGUUAACCAGUUGGGAACAACAGUGUGCGGAUUCACUGGAAGAACAACCAAAUUUCGAACAAAAUCUAAUAUCCGAAACCAAUAAUUUUCAAACAAAAAUAUGGUCUUCCUUUCAAGAUUCCGCGGCAGCCGUGGCCCAACUUUAUCGAGAUAGGUAUUCGGGCGAACCAGCAGCUAUAUGGUUACAAUUUCAAACAGCAGCCGGCACUGUUACAUCCUUAUAUAGAGAUUCUAGCGAAAGUCUAAGAAGAACGGGAGAAUUAGCUAAACAGAGCGGUUACCAGAAGAGGAAUAUCGAAAUAUUCAAUUGGGCCAAAAGGAAAAAGCGUUUAAUACGUAGGGAAGAUCUGUUAGCAUAUUUAGCCGGAAAACAUCCUCCGCCACCUAGUCGCCAACAUCAUCACCAUUCUCAUCACAGGUUAUCGCCGAGGCCACGAAACUUAUCACCACCUCCGAACGUUGCAAAUCAAGAUAUUGUAGAUCCGAAUUUACGCACCUUUAGGGAAGCCUUAGUCACUUCCCCGUUGUGUGCCUUUAUUACUGGAGAAAUGGCGCGCCAUACCAAGAGACCGGCGAGUCCUUCGGAUGUCACCAUGGGUAGUCCCACUCAAAAACGAGCUCGAUUUAUGUGAAAGUUAACGUUGGAUUAUUUUGAUAUUGUAAGGGGGACGUGCUCGUUGUCUUGCUCUUAUGAGGUAUUUAACAUUUUCAAAAUUAAAUUUUAUUAUUUUUCUCUCAAGUCUUAAAGAUCAUGUUCCAUUUCACAACAUUGUAAAGUGUAGAGAUGCUCGACUUUGCAAUAUUGUGAUUUAAUCACUGUUAGUUAAGUUUGAUUUAAAAAUACUGUUAUUCAGUCACCAUUUCACGUCAUAGUCAUUUGGUAUUUGUUAGUGAUGGUGGGCGUUACAAUACUGUGAUUUAAUCACUCUUUAUGAUGGUCGACUUUAUAACACUGUGAUUUAAUAACCGUUAGUGAUUGGCAAUAUCGCGAUACUGUGAUUUUGUAUCUGUUAUUGAUAGUCGAUUUCGCAAAACUGUGAUUUAAUCACUGUUUAUGAUGGUCGAUCCCGUAACAUUGUGAUUUAAUCACUGUUAGUUUCGAUCGAUCUCGCAAUACUGUUAUUCGGUCACUAUUUCACGAUAUUGUAAUUUUUUAGUGAUGAUGGGCGUUACAAUAUUGUGACGUAACACUGUGAUUUAAUCACUGCCAGCGACGGUCGAUUUCACGAUUUUAAAAUUGUUAGUGAUGGGUGACUUUGUAAUACUGUGAUUUAAUCACUGAUUUCGUCAUUUGGUCUUUAUUGGUGAUACUGGAGGUUACAAUACUGUGAUGUCGUCGUUGUAAUAUCAUGAUUAUCAAACAUCGAUCUUUUUUUAUAUUUAAUUCUCAAUCUGGCAUCACUGUGAUAUUCUGUUACUUGGUAUUAGCAGAACAUUACGUUACGUUCCUAAAAUAUCGACCCAUCUCUAAUUAUCAUAACCUCAAUACUUGUAUAUAAAAUCUGACAACUAGCACGUGUAAUUUGUACAUACUGUAAUUGUUUUUGAAUAAUUUAAAACAAAGAUUAAUAUUUGGUAUAAGAUUAUUAAAAAAAUGUGUACAUAAUCUUUCGUUUAAUUUUACAUACACAUAAUGGUUAAAGUUGAACAAAGUUCGAGGGUAUGGAUGUUGUUUUGUUAUUACGGAUUAGCAUCCCUUCAUCAUCUCGCGACAUUGGGUAUUCUAAUUAUCAAAAUACUAGAAAUGAUUCAUUUGGAAUAAAAAAAAACUCAAAAAGCCUGAAAUUCUUGAAAAAAAGUGGCCAAAAAUAAAAAUCUGGAAACAUUUGAUGAUCGAGUGAUGCUUCGAUUUAACCUACUUUUCAUUGAACUUUGUUCAACUGAUGCAAAUAGUUGGGAAUCGAAACUUUUUGAUAUUUAUAAAAUAAUUAUUGUUUCCCAAAGAAGAACGGUUUAGUAGUUUUCUUAAUUUAUAUUUCGAUAUAUCAUAUCUAACAGUCGAUACUAGAAUUUCACUAGCACCAACCACCCCACGAGACGUGUCUAAUAUAUGUGCAAAUGUUUUUCCAUCCCACGUGGGACGAUUCGAAAUUUUCUGAUAUAACCUACACGAGUUAAGAAACUGUCUCAAUGCUCCUCUUUUGCUUUUACGGAAGUACAUAUGAUACCAACUAGGAUCUGAUUGUAGUUAUGGAAUUAAUUCAUGGAAAUCAUCAUGUUUUUAACGACUUUUUUUGAUUUUAGAAACUCAAAAUCUUUUUCUAUUGCUAUGCAAAACCGUAGUUGCAGAAGCUCAUUUUUCUAAAUAUUCUAGGUCUCCGUAACGUACUCAAAGCGUAUUACAAAAGUGUACCACCUGAACCGAUGUGUUGCUAGUGGGUGUCGAUCUUUAUCCUUUUUUCCACCUUUAGGUAUGUUUUAAGUACUUAUAACUUUCUACCAUUUUUUUCCUAAUUCGUUAUCAAAAUGUAAAAUGUAAGAAAUUUUUUAGUAUCUAGGAAAUAAUGAGAAUUGGCUGUUAGAUUUGAUCUGUAAUUUCUUUGGCUCCAAAAAUCGCUGUUGAAACUUAUUUGUUUUCAUUGUUGUAAAUUUUUUGAUAAUUAGAACUAUUUAAAAUUUAUAAAUUAUUAAUCUAAAAUAAACAAUUAUUUAAAUUAUAAA